CUGCCCACCCUCACUCGCUGACUUCUUUCCUCCAAACUUCACCAACAGUCAGAUUGUCCUGGUCUGUGAGACAGCCUGCAGCUUCAGUGCUCGUCGGAACUGAGGUUAAGGAUCAAUAAUGAAGGUCUGGAUUAUCUUCCUGCUCUGCCUGGCUGGGAAGGCCUUGGCUGCCCCUCAGCAGGAACCUUUUGAGGAAGAGUUUGAGCUUAUUGAGGACCACGAGAAAAAUUCAGCAGAAGGAAAACUUGCAGGUUUUAAUGGCCUCAUUUUUGUUCAUCAGGCUAUUGCAGAGGAAGAGGCCGUUGUUGAUGAAGUGAUCGAGGAGACACCUGUGGGUUCAAACCCUGUUCAGGUUGAGACUGGAGAGUUCGACGAGGCCAUUGAAGUUGCAGAGGAAGUCCCAGCUGAUAAUCCUUGCCUCAACCAUCACUGCAAGAAGGGCAAGGUGUGCGAGCUGGAUGACAGCAACAAUCCAAUUUGUGUUUGCCAGGACCCUUCCACUUGCCCAGCCAGCAAUGGAGAGUUUGAGCAUGUCUGUGGUACUGACAACAAGACUUAUGAUUCUUCCUGCCACUUUUUUGCCACCAAAUGCACCCUGGAAGGAACAAAGAAAGGACACAAGCUUCACCUGGAUUACAUUGGGCCUUGCAAAUACAUUGCUCCCUGUCUCGAUAACGAAUUAAACGAAUUUCCACUCCGCAUGAGGGACUGGCUGAAGAAUGUCUUGGUCACCCUGUACGAGCGUGAUGAGGACAACAACCUGCUCACUGAGAAGCAGAAGCUCAGGGUGAAGAAAAUCUUUGAAAACGAGAAGCGUCUUCAGGCUGGUGAUCACACUUUGGAACUGCUGGCCCAUGACUUUGAAAAGAACUACAACAUGUACAUCUUCCCCGUGCACUGGCAGUUUGGACAACUUGACCAGCACCCCAUUGAUGGAUACCUCUCCCAUACUGAACUGGCUCCUCUUCGUGCUCCACUUAUUCCCAUGGAACACUGCACAACUCGCUUCUUCACCCAGUGUGAUGCAGACAAUGACAAGUACAUUGCCCUAGAUGAAUGGGCCUCUUGCUUUGGCAUCAAGGAGCAGGACGUUGACAAGGAUCUCAUCAUUUAAAUCCACCUAAUCAGUGACUCUUCAUUUUGUUUUUUUACUGGGACAAGGUUCUAAUCCAUAGAUGUUAAAUGCAGUAAUGGUGCUAAUAUCAACAUUUUAUGAACCUACCUAUACCACUAAAAAAGAAGAAAAAACACACAUGCUUUUGAGUGCUACUUGCAUUACGCAGUAAAUGACCUUUCACAUUGUUUUGUUUUGUGUUGUUGACUGUUAUAAAAAAAAAGAGUAAAAUUUUUGACAAAAUGUAAUCUAGUGCCAUUAACCCCUAAAUAAACAUGGUGAGGUAGAGUCUGUUGUGUAGUUAGCUGUUUUGAUGGAUUUAUAUAACCGCAAUUGGUGUGUUGGACUAUGUACGUUGGGAAAGGAUUGUGCUGAAUGUGUUGUUUAAAUAGAUACAUUCUCCCAUAGUUACAGGGCUUGAAUUUAAUUUCAAUUUGGCAUUCAUGCAAAAUGACUUAAAAUGUAAAACUCUUCUGAUUUAAACGUUUUAAAUAAAUUACUUUUUUUCUUGCUUUUA